UUUUCCAGCCCCUGCACUGCAAUUUGCAAAUGGUGUUACAACACCCAAAAAAAAAGCCCCUUUCUCGGCGGCGUGAAUUGAAAUCUGAGAAGAUCUCAAUCAAAUGAAGAGAUUACUAAUAAUCGGAGGCAGUGGUUACCUGGGUCAGCAUCUUUUACAAUCCUUUUCAGAUUCAUCCCCCCAUCUAUCAACGGCCUUCACACACCAUUCCUCUUCUCCCCCUCAAUCCAUUCCCGAUGCUAUUAUCCCCUUUCAACUUGACUUGCACACCGGUCAAGGCUUUCACUCCAUUACCAACCAAUUUGGCCAGCCUGAUAUAGUGGUCAAUUGUGCUGCACUUUCUGUACCUCGUGCUUGCGAGACGGACCCCGCGCUCGCCAUGUCAGUAAAUGUUCCUUCUACACUUGUGAAAUGGUUGUCUAGUUUCACUGAAUGCAAUACUCUUCUUAUUCAUCUCUCAACCGAUCAAGUUUAUGAAGGUACAAAAUCUUUCUAUAAAGAAGAUGAUGAAACACUUCCUGUAAAUGUUUACGGGAAGUCAAAAGUCGCAGCAGAAGAAUACAUUUUUGACAACUGGUCAAAUUUUGUCAUCUUAAGAAGCAGCAUUAUUUUCGGGCGACAAACUAUCUCACCCGUUUCAAAAUCACUUCCUAUUCAGUGGAUGGAUGGCGUUCUUUCUAAAGGACAAGAAGCCGAGUUUUUCCAUGAUGAAUUUCGCUGCCCGGUUUAUGUCAAGGAUGUUGUAAAUAUCAUACGGUUAUUAACUGACAGAUGGAUUUCAGAUGGCAAGAAAAGUCAAUUGGUUCUAAACGUUGGUGGACCAAACAGGUUAUCUCGUGCUGAAAUGGCUGAGACAGUGGCUCGUGUUAGAGGUUACAACACAUCGUUGGUUAAACCAGUGUCUGCAUCAUCGAUUGAUCGUGGAGUGAAGUCACCGGCUGACAUUUCCAUGGAUAUAAGUAAGUUGAUUCAAACACUAGAUUUUACACCUACUUCAUUUGAAGAUGGUGUGAAGUUGACUUUUGACACUAACGAAUGAAGUCAUGGUUGUUAUAUAUUGAUCCGACUCGUGUAUUUGUGAUUGUAUGAAAAUCAAAAUUAUGCAAUUUUAAGCAUGUUUAUGCUGAUAUUCACUUAACCAAAUUCUGGUCAUAUUUGGAUAUUCCAUGAGUGUAUUUGGCUUCAUUUUCACAGGAACCAUAGGUUGUUUGGAAUAAUAAAAUUUUUAUGAUGGCU